AUGUACCCGAAAUUCGAGCUCCCUUCAGCCACGAAAGCCCUCUCCGCCGCCGCCUCCCUGGCGGCCACCGCCGUCCUCGUCCGCUCCCUCGCCCGCGACCUCGUCCCCAGCGAGCUCCGCGGCCUCCUCCUCACCAAGCUCCGCCACGCGCUCAACGCGCUCUCGGCUGAGGUAACCCUCGUCAUCGACGAGUACGACGGCCUGUCCAGCAACCAGCUGUUCCUCGCCGCCGAGGUCUACACGGGCUCGAUCGCAGGCCCCACUGCCCGGUCCCUCCGGGCCAUCCUCCCUGACAAGGAGCGUAAGAUCCAUGUCACCGUCGGUCGGGACGUGGAGGUCGCCGACUCGUUCCGCGGGGCGGGGGUCCGGUGGAGGAUGGUGGCCACGUCUAGGCGCGGCCCGGGCCGAUACCCGGACAAGUACUCGAGCGUCGAGACCCGGCACCUGGAGCUGACCUUCCACAGGAGCCGGCGGGACCUAAUCAUCGACGAGUACCUGCCGCACGUGAUCAAGAAGUCGAAGGCCGUGAAGGAGGAGAAGAAGACGAUUAAGCUCCACACACUGGCAAAUGACCGUGGCCGGAGUCCAUGGCAGUCCGUGAGCCUCGACCAUCCGGCGAAUUUCCAAACACUAGCUAUGGACAACGAGGUCAAAGGCACUGUAAUCGAGGACCUCGACCGGUUUCUGAAGAGGAAGGAGCUGUACAGGAGGGUUGGGAAGGCUUGGAAGAGGGGAUAUCUACUGUUCGGGCCUCCAGGGACUGGUAAAUCGAGCUUGAUUGCUGCCAUGGCUAACCACCUAAAUUUCGAUGUUUAUGACUUGGAGCUAGCGGAUAUAAGAACCAAUUCGGAUCUAAGGAGGCUGCUGCUUUUGACUGAGAAUCGGUCGAUACUUGUCGUGGAGGACAUUGAUGCGUCUAUCGACCUGUCGGAGAGGAAUUCUUCUGCGAAGAAGAAGAUGCCUCCAAUGCCUGUGUAUCCUCACCAUGGUAAUCAAGGACAAAAGGUUACCUUAUCAGGGCUGCUGAAUUUCAUUGACGGGCUAUGGUCAAGCUGUGGGGACGAACGAAUCAUAAUUUUCACGACCAACCAUAAAGAAAAACUUGACCCAGCCCUUUUAAGGCCCGGCCGUAUGGAUGUCCAUAUUCACAUGUCCUACUGCACUCCAUGUGGCUUCCAAUUGCUGGCAAAAAACUAUCUCGGGCAAACGAACCACCCGCUCAUGCCCAAAAUCGAGUCACUAAUAGCCUCGACAAGAGUGACCCCAGCUGAAAUUGGGGAGCAGCUUCUGAAAAGCGAAGAGCCCACAGUUGCUCUCGAGGGCCUGAUUAAGUUCCUCGAGCAGAAAAAGGAAAUAGAAACAGCAAAAUUUGAGGUGACCAAUGAAAUCUUGAAGAAAGUUAAAGAAGAAGCUCGUAAGGGAAUGGGUGAGAGGAUACUUAACAAAGAUGAGGUUGCUAAUGCAUUGAGAAUCUUGAUCGGGUUUCUUGAGGAGGAGAUUCGAGCCGAAAAGGUCGAUGUUCGUGGCACGGGUUUUGAUUCUUCUGCAGCAAAUGUGGUAGAAUCUGGGGCACAAGAUGAGGCCAAGACUGAGUGA